GGAUUCCUUCAACCUGUUCGUACACGCUCUUGAGAUAUCGAGCAAGGACGGUGGUGCUCCCAGUGUGCUCCUUCAUUCACCGCAUCGAGUGCCUUACAUCUUCUGUUUUCCGUCUACUGUACAAGUAUACACAGUUCCUCUUACUCUAGACCUAUAGAGCCGGAGAAAAAGCCGCAAGUGUCCCGCAAUUUGUAAGAUUCACGCCAGCUAUAUCGACAGAUAUCAGCUGUUUAAGUCCCCAUUCCCGUUUUGCACGAGGAGAAAAUAACUGAAGCGCACGCGCUCACGCCGGUUCAACGCAAGAAAGUCGAGAGAAAAUGAUGGCAGCCAGAGGCUCAUCUAUCGUCGUCCUGUUGAUUGUCUUAAUGGCAUCGUCAACCUUCUCCCAAGAAUCGUGGAGCCAAACACGAGUGAAACGAGAUAAAGGUGGCCAUCAUCAUCAGGAAGUAGGGCGACAGCGUCAUACAGCCACUACCGGUGAUCACCGGUACAGCUCUCACGUUGUCGCUCCCGUCGUCCGGCCAACGGCGGUGAUUGAAACUGAAUCUGUGCGGCCCAUCGCCAAUAACAAUCAUCGCCAACAGCUCAACGGACAACCGAGCCAACGGCUUCAUUACCAACACUCCCGUCAUCCGACAAGAAGACCCGAUCACCAACACAAGCGCAUGGUUCUGCCCGCUCCACGACGGCCCUACAACGCUAACCAGUUAUCUCACGGACCGAUUGGACCAACGCAACACUACGCUCCGCAACCAGCACCUCAGAGUCCAAGACCUGCUUACCUGCCGGCUAUUUUACCGAUUUAUCUUCGGCCAUCUUCCAUAAUUCUUCCAUCGCCUCCGACCCAGUCUUAUCAGCAACCGAGCGGUUACGCUUCGGCUCCCGUUCCGCAGAGCCAGCCGUCGUAUAGUCAGGCACCUCCACCGGCUCCUUACCAGCCUCCCCCACCACCUCCUCCUCCCCAACAACCUCAAUACCAACAACCUCAGUACCAGCCUCCUCCACCUCCGCCACCCGCGCCUUACCAGCCUCCUCAACCUCAGUACCAACCUCCUCCUCCACCAGCGCAACCGGCUGCUCCUCCAGCAUCUUAUCAAUCUGCUCCCCCAGCUGUGUAUAACGAAGCUCCUUUACCUGUGCCUUUGUACGCUCGUCAACCUCAACAGAAUGCUGCCCCAGAAUCUUACAAUCAGCCACCGCAACAGGAAAGCACUACGGCCGCUUCGUACGAAGCCAUUCAACAACAGGAGCCCGAACAGUCUGUCCAAUCGGGCAGUUACGCAAAUUCGGAACCGGUCACCGUCCCGCCUAUUGUUGAGGAAUCAGCUAGCUACAGCACACAUGCCCCAGUAGCCGACCAGGACAUCCAGACGAAUUCCAUCGGCGCAUUGCCAGUUCCUCCACCACCUGGCGGAGUUGCUACUACCGCUGUCGCUGCUGUUGAUGAUGGCAAAAAGGAGGAAGCAUCUCAAUGGUCUGAAGGCUCCAUCCCAUGGCAAUUGGAGAAACUCGGACUCAAUACGUUGAACGAUCUUCUCGUCCUAUCCGGUUUGGAUGAGAUGUUUGACAAAGAAGGACCUUUUACCGUCUUCGUACCAGUCGACCAGGCCUUCGAAAUCCUCAUCCAGAAAUUCGGCGGCAUGGAAAAGGCCAGUGAAGAGUUCAACAAAAACCCCGACGUCCUUAAUUCGCUGUUGAAGCACCACGUUGUGGCCGGCUCCGUCUCUUCUUCCUCUCUGCAAAACAACGGCGUCAUGCAAAGCCUUCUCACCACUCCGCUCCGAGUCAAAUUCUACGAAUCAGAAGACAACGAAUGGAGACCAUUAAAGGUAAAUACUGAGGUGAUCACGGUGAACGGUGCUCGUGUUGUCAAACCCGAUAUUCAAGCCACCAACGGCGUUAUUCAUAUCGUCGAUCGAGUCCUCUUCCCCGUGCCGCAGGCGGACAUCUACAACACCCUCAAGAACGAUCCCGCUCAGCGAUACACUACGUUGAUUUCCGCGAUCGAUAAAGCGGGACUAACGACUGUUCUGGCUAAUCCCACGGGUGGACCUUACACGGUGUUCGCGCCAACCAAUAAGGCUUUCUCGUUGAUAUCUCGUUCCGAGCUGAACGCAAUCCUGAACGAUCCGGCUAAAUUGACCAAGCUGCUGCAACGUCACGUCGUCCAAGAUUUGAUCUACACAUCCGGUCUGCAAGGCUUUCAGAAAGCCUACGCCCUGGAUUUCGAAAUCCUUUACAUCUACCACGCCAAGGGUAUGACUAAGGUCAACGGAGCUAACGUCAUCGAUCAGGACAACACAACAUUGAACGGUGUCAUCCAUACCAUCGAUUCAGUUUUGGGUCUUUAUUGAUUUUGAGGGUCCGGCUGAGCCGCCUCUAGUCACAGCCCACAACUUCAUCGACUACUUAGGAAACAAAAGACGAAACGCAACACAUAGUAGCUCUAUAGAGAUACCCUUUUUUUUCAGUCUCAGCCUUUAUCUAAAAAUUAAAUAUAUUUCUUCGGCUUUCUUCCUUCUUUCAUUCCUCUCUUUUCUUUUCACUUCUUCGUUCUUACGAUGAAGAAGUUUCCUAUGGUCAUGUAAAACCAUUCGACCCGCAAAACAUUCGCCAGUAAAAUGAGUGAAUGAAAGUUCUCCAAAAGACUGCGGACUUGCUUCGUCCAGUCUUUGAAACAUUUGUCCAUAUUGUUAUUCGUCCAGGUGGAUCACAUGUUAAUUUCUUCUUUUUUUUUCUCAUUUGUUUUGUGUGUGUUUUCUUCUCUGAUCCACCUAAGCCAUUUUUAUAUAUCUCCCAAUCGUCAUUUGCUACGUACCCCCGAAAGAAUGUUACUAAUUGCCAAGCGAUUGGCGAGAUAUUACGUCCCUCUCUCCUUAAAAUAACCAUAAUACUAUUAUGCAUGUAUUCAUUUCUCAUAAAACACACAGUGAGUAUUAUGAAUGAAAAAAAAAAAUUUAAUAAAAAAAGAAAAUAAAUUGACGUGCUCAAUGGCCAGUCUGUUGGCAGUGUGCACCAUUCGCGAGACAUGUCGACCGUUUAUGUGCGCACGCAGCUGAGGGACAAUAAACGUGGUUUAACUUUUGAUAAA